AUAAAAAACUAGUUCACGUUGUUCACGACAUUAUCACCAUGCUCGGUGGCUAGCGUAGUGCCACGCAGUCUCUCAUCCAACCGUAACAACCCAAAAACACUUUCCUCAAACAACCGUCUUAACGCUCAUCCCUCACUUCACCACCAUAAUGAACCUCUCUUCCACCUUCACACUUUCCCCAAAACCACCCUUCUCAUUUUCAUCCUCAAUCUCUCCCAACCCAAUCCAAUUCACCACCAAAACCCCAAACCCAACACCACCCCCCAAAACCCUCCACAUUACCGCAACAACCAUAAACUCACACCAACAUCUUCCCCCAAACAGUCCUCAACGCCUCCUCGAAGAACUCGAACAACACAAAACCAGAAAACCAACAUCACCGAACAAAAACACACCUUCAAGAACCUCAAUCCUAAAACCACCACAACAAAACAAAAAACGCAUCCUCAAUAGUCCUCAACUAACCCUAAACACGUUCCCAGUUCUCAGCUCAUGUCUCCCCCACGCGCCUCUCAGAAAUACCGACACCGAGUGGACGGAACUUCACUUGAUGGAAGUGAAGCAGGCUUUGGGGUAUCCGUUGGAGUCUUUUGAGGAUUUGCUUGGGGGAGAAGAUAACCCUGCGAAACAAUUUGAUACUCUGUUGUAUUUGGCGUUUCAGCAUCCCGAGUCCGGGAAGGUGAGGCACGUGAGGUGUGCGCAGUCGAGGUUGUAUUUUUUGGGGCAGUAUGUACUUGAGCUUGCUUUUGGGGAGUUUUUCUUGCAGAGGUAUCCGAGGGAGGGGCCGGGGCCGAUGAGGGAGAGGAUUUUUGGGUUGAUUGGGAAACAUAGAUUGCCUCAGUGGAUUAAAGCUGCUAGCUUGCAGAAUUUGAUAUUUCCUGGUGUUGAUAUGGAUAGGUUGGUGAGAAAAGAAAGGGAGCAUACAGUCAAGUCUGUCUUUUGGGCUUUGUUUGGGGCAAUCUAUCUAUGUUUUGGUAUGCCUGAAGUGUAUCGUGUUCUUUUUGAAGUCUUCGGAAUGGAUCCAGAUGCUGAGGAAUGCCAGCCCAGAUUGCGUAGGCAACUUGAAGACAUAGAUCAUGUAUCUGCCGAAUUUGAAGGCAAGCUAAGCUGGCAAGAUAUGGUUGCCUAUAAGCCUCCUGCAGAUGCCCUGUUUGCACAUCCACGGCUGUUCAGAGCUUGUAUUCCCCCAGGAAUGCAUCGGUUUAGAGGAAACGCAUGGGAUUAUGAUAGCAGGCCACAUGUUAUGCAAACCCUUGGAUAUCCAAUAGAAAUGACUGAUAGAAUUCCAGAAAUUACUAAAGCUAGGAAUUUAGAGCUUGGACUUGGUUUGCAGCUAUGUUUCUUGCAUCCAUCGAAUUACAAAUAUGAUCAUCCUCGAUUUUGCUACGAGAGAUUAGAAUACCUUGGUCAAAAGAUACAGGAUUUGGUGAUGGCUGAAAGAUUGUUGAUGAAGCAUUUGGAUGCUCCGGGUUCUUGGUUACAAGAGAAGCACCGCCGCAUUCUUAUGAACAGGUAUUGUGGAAGAUACUUGAGGGCAAAACAACUCCACCGUUUUAUCAUAUACCCUGAGAAGGUUCGAAUUUCGUACGAGCGCAAUCAUAGACUGAGAAACCCGGUCUCAGAUUCCGUUCAACAAGCCCUUCACGGGCUUUCAUAUGCAGUUUAUGGGAAACGUGAUGUGAGACGACUAAUGUUUGAGGUUUUUGAUGUUGAGCAAGUUCAGCCUAAAAGGAAUAUAUAUGUGAAGAGAUAAUUGUGACAAAGAUUGUUCAUGAACUCUCCUUUUUGCCAUAUCCUUCAUCGUUUUCCUUCUUCCUUUAUAUUUUUAUUUUUUACUCUCUUGAUAUAGGUGAUCAGCUUAGUUGUCAGAAUAGGUGAAAUUUAGAAUGUAGAAUACCUUGUACUUUUCUUGUUAUGAUAACCAAAAUGAAGUGAAAAUUGUUCAA